ACCGUCCCUCAAAACAAAAUGGCCGGCCCGAUUUACUCUUGUUGUCAUGGCGACCAGGUGGUUUACAACUUUCCUAGAGCCAAGGCUUCUCGCGAGAAAACCCAUUGUUGUCAUAUCAACAGAGUGAAAGACAAGACUAAAGAACUUCGCUUUGUUAUCUCUCAAGUUCAAAUCAAUAUGUCUUACGCUACUUCCCAAAAUGUUAUGCCUUUUGUAAGUGAGCUUAGAGCGACAGGACACGGGGAAGUAUGGGAUCACACGGACGAAAAGAAACUGCAACAGUUUGGAUGGAGAUGCACGAAUACUGAAAGUUCCUACGACACUAAAACUCUGAUCGGAAACUGGAAUGAACAACGAUUUGAUAUCAAUAGAAUUUCAAAGCCAAAACCUAUUCCUUCACGGUACAAUCACUAUUUUGAGACAACUUAUGGCUCUGGAUAUCACACUUUCGACACAAGCAAAGUACCAGAGGUGUUAAAACAUCUUGAAGCAAGAGAACCAACAGCAUUUCCUGGCCAUCAACCUGAGCUUGAUCCACCAAAGCUCAAGAAACAUUACAACUCCUUUUUAACAACAUCCAGAGCAGCCUUUGGUGAUCCAACUACACAAAAAUAAUGCAACAAUCAAUUAACAAUGACAAACACUAUUCUUUGUACUUUACAUUCAAGACUGAAAUGUAUUAGUUUUUCCCAUCAAAUAUAUUUACACGUAUAAGCACAUUUUACUGUCAGAAAAACAGUCAGUGACAAAAUGAAUUUUUUUUUUAUAUCUUUAAUAAUUUUGCACAUAAAAGUUUUUUAAACUUCAUUUCUAUAAUACAAUUCAAAUCAAAUUCUGCUGCAAAACAGUAUGUAAAAUACGUAAAGUAGCAAAUAAAAUUAUGAAACCUUAAAAGGUAUACAUCAGAAUAAUGUGUUCUCUAUCUUCACAUCACGCUGUAACAAUUAAUAAUGCCAAUAACCAACCCAUAGCGGCCCUAAUUACUGUGUCACUGAAAAACCUGCCUGUCUGUUGAAAUAGAUCCAUCAAGAACAAGAGGACUAAACAUGGAGAAGAACAGAAAUAAACACAAUUAAACAGACAAUCUUCUCAUAGUUUGAACUAAGAUGUCUUUUUUGUUAGUCCUCUCAUAAAAAACUGCAAUCCUUUUGGCAUAGGAGCUGCUUGAAAUGCCUCUUGUUGCUCUUUUUCCUGCAAUUUCAUCUCUGCCAUAUCUGCCAGGACAUUGGCAAUUUGAAAUUGAGUCUGCUGGCACCUAUAGGUAGGAAAAGCAUAUAAUUAAAGUAGUUUAGGCAAUAUUAUAUUUAACAGGAUGAUUCUUGGAAGAGGACUUGAAAUGGCAGAUAAAUUUCAAUACAUAUAGACCAUGAUAACA